GACAGGCUAUCGCCUUAAUAAAUGCGCUUCAUAAUAAAAUAGUGCGAAUUUCUUCUGCACGUAAUAUAUACAGUUUAUAUGUACAAUAUAUACAGUUUCGUAUUCUACUAACUAGAGCCGUUUCCGGUGCAUACAGGCGCUACACGAUUAAUCUUUUUUCUCUUUAUAAAUAUAAAUACGACAGUCGUGUGUCUGAGGAGCGGAAGGAUUUUGCCCUGGACUCCCCUCUGAACGAGGCGGGAUGCGAAACUUAGUUUCACUUUUAAUUUGUCAUUUCCGUAAUACUUUUCUGCUGCUUUGCCGUAACAUGAUGGCAUCAGCUGCGUCUUCAGUGUGUAAUGAAAUGUUUAAUUGCAACGUAUGUUUUUUUCCGGUUCAGGAAGAGCCAGUCGCUCUACCCUGUGGGCAUAAAUUUUGCACGAACUGUAUGAAAAAAUCCUCGUCUGAGAGGGCCGAUUGUCGCUGUCCUCAGUGCCAGUGUGUCUUCGCUCCAGAGGCGCUUUGUAAAAACGCCCAUCAGGUUGAAAUGGCAGAGCAGUGGACAGAAGUAGGAUCUUCUGCGACAGAAACCCUGGACGUGGACUGCGAUGUGUGCAUUGGAGUAAAGCGCAAGGCGGCCCAGACCUGCGUGACUUGCCUGGCGUCCUUUUGUGAAACUCACAUUCAGCCACACAAACAGUCAGAAGCUCUGAAGAGGCACAGACUGGAGGAGCCGACUAGUAACCUACAGCAGAAACUUUGUCCGAAUCACAGAAUAAUGUUGCAGCUUUACUGCAGGACCGAUCAGACGUGCGUCUGCUUGCUGUGUGUCGCCGUGAAACACAAGGAUCAUGAGCUGGUGGAGAUGGAGACCGAGAGAGUGGCGAAGCAGGCGCAGAUGGACGUGAAGCGAAAAGAAAUCGAGAGCUCAAUCUGGAAAAAACAGAGACAAGUGGCCUUGACUAUAGCAGCCAUAGAGGAGCUGAGGCGCUCUGCACAAAGAGAAAUACAGGAAUGUGAGAAGACCUUCACUUCUGUCUUCCAGUCUAUUCAGAGGCUGAGAUCAGAUGUGACAGUGCUGAUAAGAAAUUAUGAGCAGAGCGAAGUGAGAAAGGCUGAGGAGCUCAUUCAGCAGCUGGAGAAAGAGAUAGAGGAGCAGAAGAGGAACAUCUCCAUGAUGGCUGAGCUCUCACAGACUGACGACCACAUUGACUUCCUUCAGAAGUUCUCAUCUGUACAAGAUCUUCCUAUAGAUGGAGACACACCAAGCAUCCCUGCCGACAGACAUUUGUUCCCUGGUUCUGUCAGAAUGGACCUGUGCAGCCUCAAAAAGUAUCUGAACACAAUGAGCAGCUUGGAGUUUGUGGAAAUGAGACAGACGGGACUUGAAGAACCAAGCUACAUCUUGCAGAACCUAAUGGAGAGAAGUUUUCUUUUGAAAUACGCCUGUCCUCUCAGUCUGGACGCCAAUACUGUAAAUGGAAGCCUCCGCAUCUCUGAAGAGAACACGAUGGUGAAAUCUAACACUGUAAAAGCCCACUACCCAAUCCACCCUGACCGAUUUGAGCGAUGGCCCCAGGUCCUGUGCAGAGAGGCUCUGUUUGGCCGUCGCUACUACUGGGAGGUGAAGUGGAGCGGAGAACACGCUGAUAUUGGAGUUGCAUACAAUGGCAUUUGUAGGAAAAGCGGGGAUUCAAAAUGUCUCCUUGGAGGCAAUGACAAGUCCUGGAGUUUAGUCUGCUCUGGCUCCCGUUAUUCUGUGCGGCACAACGGUGUGGAUACUGUAAUAUCUGCACCCAGCAGCCAAACGGUUGGAGUCUAUCUGGACUGGCAUGCUGGCACGUUGUCCUUUUAUAGCAUUUCAGAUACACUGACUCUUCUGUAUAGAUUUCAUACCAGUUUCACUCAGCCACUCUAUCCAGGUUUUAGAGUGACUGGUAGUGUGACAAUCUGCCAGCUGAAUUAGCUGGAAUAUUGAAUGCUAUCAUUUACUGUAGGAAUUGUCUGUUAUAUAAGGGGGCUCUAUGGACCAAAGUGGGAGGACAAUCAAAAAUGUCAGGAAAUUUAAAAUUUUA